AAGUGCCUUGGGUUUGUGCUUGAGAUGCCCAAUGGAGCCUUCUUAAGGCACAGGUUUUCCUCCACUCACUGUGAACAAAGAGUAGUACCAUGGUUUUUUUGUUUUCCAUCGGACUCUUCCUCACUGUCAUGUGUCUUGUGGUCCUGGGAAUCAAUGCUUGGGUUCUCAUAGACACUCUCCUCAGUACUGAAGUACCUCCUUCCAUCCCACACCCCAUGAAGCUUCGGAUCCUGUACUACAUUUUCCAUCUGAUGGUGACAUGGGGGACUAUAUUCGAGAAGUUGAGAAUUUGCUCCAUGCCAAGAUUUUUUCAGACUAUACAAGAUGCAAUGGCCACGAAGAGGAACCAUAAUGUGGCGGUGACUGAUCUGCGUUUUGGGGAAGUCCCAGUGAGGCUGUUCCAGCCCAAGGCAACUUCUUCCAGUCCUCGGCGAGGCAUCCUCUUCUACCAUGGAGGCGGUGCAGUGGCAGGCAGCUUGGAUUACUUCCAUAGUCUGUGCAGUUUCUUGGCCCAGGAAACAGACUCAGUCCUUCUGGCAGUGGGGUACAGAAAGCUUCCUGGCUACUGUCAUCCUUUUGCUAUUCAAGAUUGUGUGAAUGCCUCAAUUCAUUUCCUGAAGUCCCCGAAAGCCUACGGGGUAGAUCCCUCUAGGGUUGUCGUCUGUGGAGAAAGCCUCGGAGGUACAGCUGCAGCCGUCGUCACCCAGACCUUAUUGGGCAGACCAGAUCUUCCACCGAUCCGGGCUCAAGUUCUUAUUUAUCCAAUCCUCCAGGCCAUCAAUUUACAGUUACCAUCACAUCUGCAGAACCAAAAUAUCCCAUUACUCACUACAUGCAUCAUGUUCACAUUUAUGUUUAGGUAUCUAGCCAUUGACUCCUCCUGGAAGGAUGCCAUCUUGACAGGAGCUAAUGUCCCCCCAGACACCUGGAUGAAAUACCGGAAGUGGCUUGACUCUGACAAUAUUCCCCAGAGGUUCAGGGACAAAUUUCAGCAACCCAAGCUUCCUGCUCCUUUUAACAAGGCAGCCUAUCUAGAAACCAAACACAUGCAAGACCCAGGAUUUUCCCCUCUUUUAGCAGAUAACGAGGUCAUUGCCCAACUUCCAGAGGCAUUGUUAGUGAGCAUGCACUGGGACAUUCUCCGAGAUGACACUUUGCUCUAUAAGAAGCGUUUGGAAGACCAGGGGGUGCCUGUGACCUGGUACAAUGUGGAGGACGGUUUUCAUGGAUGCAUAGCCUUGUUUGAUAAUAAGACUUUUUCUUUUCCUUGUUCCUGGAGUUUAAUAAAUGCCAUUGUGAGUUUCACAAAGGGCAUUUGAAGGGUUCUGCAUAGAAAGAAGUGGUAGAGCAUUUGCCUGCCACAAUAAGGCUCUCAGCUAAGUGUCUAGCACUACAG